UGACCAUCAACUCAUACACAGUGUACUGACAUACUCGGGAAAAAUUCGACAUGACCAAACUAAUAGUCGUCGUUGGCAUCACUGGCAACCAAGGUGGUUCAGUGGCCCGUACCUUCCUCACAAACCCAGAAUGGCGCGUUCGCGGUCUUACUCGCGACGCAGGAUCAUCAGCAUCAAAAGAACUGUCGGCGCAGGGGGUUGAGAUGAUUCAAGCCAAUCUCCAUAACCCAGAGUCGCUCAAGGGUGCGUUCCAAGGCGCGAAUUUGGUCUUCAGCGUGACCGAUUUCUGGAAACCGUUCUUCGAUCCUAGCAAUGUCGCCCAAGCAGCAGCGCAGGGAAAAUCCAUCGGCCAGUACGCAUACGAGCUCGAGUUCGAGCAAGGAAAGAACAUUGUCGAUGCUGUUGCGCGCGAAUUAGAUAGCUUGGAUAACGUGGGCCUUAUUGCAAGCACGCUGUGCAGCGCGAGGGAGAGCAGUAAAGGAAAAUACAAAGAGCUGUGGCAUUUCGACAGUAAAGCAGAUGUGUUCCCGAAAUACCUACAGGAGAAUUAUCCUGCGUUAGCGAAGAAGACGAGCUACUUGCACACGGGAUACUUCUUCACGAGCUGGCAAUUCUUACCAGGACGGUGGUUCGCAAAGCAAUCCGAUGGCUCAAUUCAGAUGCAAUUCCCAACAUCACCGGAGAUGCUGAUCCCACACCUCGACCCACGAAAGGACACAGGUGCAUGGGCCAAUGCACUGCUGCAGCUGCCCCCCAACUCAAGCCUCAUGGCUACCAGCGAGUGGCUGACCUGGCCUGAUUGGAUCAAACAGUGGGGCGAGUUGACUGGCGUGAAGACAAGUUACAAACAAACAACCGUCGAGGAUCUAGAGAAACACAUCCCAGGGCCAGCAGGAAAGGAAAUUGGCGAGAUGUACCAGUUCAGCUCCGACUAUGCGUACAAUGCGUUCCAGGAGGAUGCACUGAAAAUAUGGGAUUUGGAGAAAAUGGGCAUACAUGUGCCGACUACAAGUUUGCGCGAGUAUGUGGAGAAUGAGGACUGGGUGGCCGCUGGCAUCGUGACAGGCUAGCACCGAGAUACUGAAAGAUUUGUAGAGGUUGUGUGCCUUGAUAGCAUAGAUUAAUACAAAAUCGAGAACAUUUGAAUCACG